CUCUCAAAGAUUCGAUUCCCUCCUCCCUCCCACUCCCACAUGGCCGGCGAGCUGCGCCACCGCCGCGUGCCGUCGGAGGACGGGGACGAGGGCGCCGCCGCCUCUCAAGGACCCGAUCCAGCCGCCGGCAACGGCAAGGCCGGCACGGCGUCUGAGGGGGCGGAGCCGCGGCGCGGCAAGAGGGACGCGCUCGGGUGGCUGGAGUGGGGCCGCGGGUGGAUGGCCGUCGUGGGGGAGUUCCUAUUCCAGCGCAUCGCCGCCAGCCACCUCGCCAACCCGCUCGAGCUGCCCCCGCUCGACGGCGUCUCCGUCGUCGUCACCGGCGCCACCAGCGGCAUCGGGCUCGAGAUCGCAAGGCAGCUCGCUCUCGCUGGGGCACACGUUGUGAUGGCUGUUAGAAGGCCCAAGGUGGCACAAGACUUGAUUCAGAGGUGGCAGAACCAAAAUUCAGAAACAGGAAGACCACUAAACGCUGAGGUGAUGGAACUUGACCUACUCUCCCUCGACUCGGUCGCAAAUUUUGCUGACGCUUGGAAUGCUCGUAUGGCACCCCUACACGUGCUGAUCAACAACGCUGGCAUCUUCGCUAUAGGAGAACCCCAGCGUUUCUCAAAGGACGGACAUGAAGAACACAUGCAAGUGAACCAUCUUGCACCUGCGUUACUGGCGAUGCUGCUUAUACCUUCCCUUCUCCGAGGUUCUCCCAGCAGAAUUGUUAACGUUAAUUCGAUCAUGCACACUGUAGGUUUUGUCGACGCUGAAGAUAUGAACUUGAGAAAACAUAAAUAUAGAAGUUGGUUAGGAUACUCAAAUAGCAAGCUGGCACAGGUAAAAUUCAGUAGCAUGCUUCACAAGAAAAUUCCUGCAGAGGCUGGCAUCGGUGUAGUUUGCGCUUCUCCUGGAAUUGUCGACACGAACGUUGCAAGAGAUCUUCCUAAGAUUGUCGUAGCCGCGUACCAUUUGAUUCCCUACUUCAUAUUUGACGCUCAAGAAGGUUCUAGGAGUGCACUGUUUGCAGCAUCCGAUCCCCAAGUCCCGGAAUACUGCGAGACGCUCAAGUCGGAGGACUGGCCAGUUUGUGCCUGCAUUAACUAUGACUGUAGUCCGAUGAAUGCGUCUGAAGAAGCGCACAAUCUUGAGACCUCGCAGCUGGUCUGGGAGAAGACACUGGAGAUGGUCGGCCUUCCGCCGGAUGCCCUGGAGAAGCUCAUCGCCGGAGAAUCAGUUCAGUGCCGUUACGGACAACAGGAUACAACUUUUUAGUUAGCAGUUUAGAGGUGGUUUGUUCGGUUGUUAUGUCAUUUUGAUCCUAAAUUUGCAGGGAGGAAAACACAGGGAAGGGAGAAAAAGAAUUUGUUGACAGCUACCAAUCUUUGCUCUUUUUCUGUAUGUGUGCAAGAUGUUGUGAAGGAGGCGUAGAAACACAUCUCCCCCAUUAUUUGACUAUUCCUAAUCAAUGAUAUACUUGAGACAGAAAUUAAGAGAUAC